AUGGCUCAAAUCCCGCUGUUGGGCCAAGGUGUUCCGCCACCUCAGCCUUCAGAUGGACCCAGAUUACCCAACCCGAUUCCGAAGCUGCAGGAACCUCCUCAAUUCUCCGGCGACACGUCCAUGAGAGACACUCCCGAUGUAACAAACGAGAUCGACAAUCGCUUAAAGAUCGAGACUUCCGAGGAAGAAGACGAAGACAGCUUAUUGUCCGACACCUCAUCCGAAGCCGAUGAAACCGUUCCCAAAUCCCAGCGUGGCCUCCCGGUCUCAAAACUUCCCACCGGCCUCUGCUACGAUGAGCGUAUGCGAUAUCAUGCCGAGGUCGCUGCGACGAGUGGUGAAAAUGUCCACCCCGAAGAUCCUCGUCGCAUCUACUACAUCUACAAAGAACUUUGCGAGGCCGGGCUGGUCAAUGAUAAGAAAUACCCACCCAUGGUCGAAACGCCGUUGUAUCGAAUCGAUGCUCGUGAAGCGACGAGAGACGAGUGCCUUUUGAUCCAUACUCCGGAACAUUAUGAAUUUGUCAAAGACACCGCCGAAAUGACUGAUGAAGAACUCAUUGACUUGUCCGAAAACAUCGAGAUGGACUCGAUCUAUUUCAAUUCUUUAUCAUAUUUUUCUUCCAAGCUGUCCGCGGGCGCAGCGAUUGAGACUUGCAGAGCCGUGCUUUCGCGCAAGGUCAAGAAUGCAGUCGCUGUUAUUCGACCCCCUGGUCAUCACGCCGAGACCCAUCGUCCGAUGGGGUUCUGCUUGUUCAAUAAUGUCUGCAUUGCUUCGAGGGUCUGUCAAACUGAUUUCCAAGACAAUUGUCGAAAGAUUUUGAUCGUUGACUGGGACGUUCACCAUGGAAAUGGUUGUCAAAAGGCCUUCUACGACGAUCCCAAUAUCCUCUACAUUUCAAUUCAUGUCCAUAUGAAUGGCAUGUUCUAUCCAUCUGGAAAUGAAGGUGACAUGUACCAUUGCGGCACUGGCCCAGGACUGGGCAUGAACGUUAAUAUUCCCUGGCCAACCAAAGGGAUGGGCGAUGGCGAUUACAUGUAUGCGUUCCAACAUGUAGUCAUGCCGAUCGCCGUUGAAUUCGAUCCGGACUUUGUCAUUGUUGCCUCAGGUUUCGAUGCCGCAGCUGGAGAUGAACUCGGUGGAUGUUUCGUCACGCCACCCUGCUAUGCACAUAUGACGCAUAUGCUCAUGUCACUUGCUGGAGGGAAGAUUGCCGUUUGUCUCGAGGGAGGCUACAAUUUCAGCGCGAUAUCCAAAUCCGCCCUGGCCGUCACUCGCACAUUAAUGGGAGAACCACCCGAUAGACUCCACGCUACAGCCGCCACACCCUCAGCCGUCGAUACAGUGGCCAAAGUCCGCAAUGUCCAGUCAAAGUAUUGGCGAAGUGUGUACCCCAAAGAUCCAGUAGGCGGCAUCUUCGGAGGAGAAAGAUUGCAUGACGUCAUCCGCCAAUGGCAAGCAAUGCACUUAUACGACAAAUACAAAUUGACGCAACUACAUGUUUUCCGAGAAAUAGUAUCGAAAUCAUUCGAUCACCAGGUCCUUGCUACACCAAAUUACGAGAGCAAGAAGCAUCUUUUGAUUAUCUUCCAUGACUCACCUGAUUUAUUAAGUUCAGGUGCGGGAUUAACCACAGAGCAAAAGACACAUGAUACAUGGCUGGUUGACGGCGCACAGUCGUACGUUCGCUGGGGAGUCGCGCACGGCUUCGGUGUCAUCGAUGUCAACAUCCCUGAACUCAUCACCAUCACUGCCAGCGAUGGCUCAUAUGCAUCCGCAACGACAGAUAUCGCGCGCAAAGAAGGGGAAAAGCUUGCGGCGUACCUGUGGGAAAAUUACGUCGAACCUUAUGAGUUCGUCGGCGGCAUUUUUCUCAUGGGUGCAGGCCAUGCGUUUCAUGCUCUGGCCAAGUUGGUUAGCGAGAAUGAGAACGUCUACCCCAACCUCCUAGGUGUUAUCGGCUUCAUCACCACGAACCCAAUCCGACCCAUCUCAAACCCCUCUCUGCACUGGGUGAGCCAAUGGUACCGAGAAAAUUCGCUCGUGUAUGUGUCUCAGGCACAUAGCAUGUGGAAGAAAGAGGGCAAGGCGUCGAAACGAUACGGCAAACUGAUAAAGUCCCGGGGUGUGGUAUUGAAUCAGAUGAUGAAGAUCCAUGAGCGUGAGGUCACGGAGUGGAUGGUCGAGAAGGUCAAGCAGAGACAGGCGGAGUUGGAGGACACGGAAGACGAAGAUGAUGAGGAUGAUGAAGACGAAGGUGACAGUAUCAACGCAGCCGCACCAGUAGGGAAUGGGAAUGGGGAGAGAGAAAGAGCGAGAGAAUCUGAUGGUGAUACAAUUGAUGAUCCGGCAAUAACGGAGACGACGCAGAGCCGGACACAGACAUAUAGGCAGGGGCAGGGCCAAGGUCAAAAUACCGGUGCAGGUUUUGGUGCAGGAGGUGUGGCUGCUGGGUCUUCUUCGAUUUCAGGCCCAAUGUCUUCUGGUGGCAGUGGCAAUGGCAGCGGUGGUGAUGUGUUUAUGACUACAGAGCAAUGA